AGAACAGGGGGAUAGUAAAAGAGCUACUAACAAUUAUCUGCGUAUGAUUCAUUAAUACGUUGUUUACUAUCCCUUUCUAAUAAAUUUCUUCGUAAUUCCUCUGUCCAAGAUUCGAUCAUCGCUGUUAACGAAGUACAACGAUUAGAAAUGCCUGCACCAAAGAAAACAGUACUUUUAAAGGUUAUUAUCCUUGGUGACUCCGGCGUUGGUAAAACGUCUUUAAUGAAUCAAUACGUUAAUAAACGCUUCUCAAAUCAAUAUAAAGCUACUAUUGGCGCAGAUUUCCUUACAAAGGAGGUCGUAGUCGAUGAUCGUGUAGUUACUAUGCAGUUAUGGGAUACUGCAGGUCAAGAAAGGUUUCAAUCACUUGGAGUAGCUUUCUAUCGUGGUGCAGACUGUUGCGUAUUAGUUUACGAUGUCAAUAACGCAAAAUCAUUUGAAACUUUAGAUAGCUGGAGAGAUGAAUUCCUUAUACAAGCAUCACCUCAAGACCCUGUUAAUUUCCCAUUCGUCGUUUUAGGUAAUAAGAUCGAUAUGGAGGAUUCAAAGAGAGCCGUAUCACAGAAGAAAGCAACAAGUUGGUGUCAAUCUAAAGGUAACAUCCCUUACUUUGAAACGUCCGCAAAGGAAGCUAUAAACGUUGAACAAGCUUUCCAAACUAUCGCACGCAACGCACUCGUACAAGAAGCUGAAGUUGAGUUGUACGCUAACUACCCAGAUCCUAUUCGUAUCGAUCAGGAAUCUUCACAAUCUUACGGUGGAUGUGAAUGUUAAAAUUAUGAUGCAAUCUGCAUUUGGAUUCUUUGCGUCUAGUUUAGAACGGACGUUUAAUUAGUUUUAUUCAUUCAUUCUCAUUUUCUCUCUCUCUCUCUCUCUCUCUCUCUUCUCUUUACACUCUCACCAACAAUCGACAUCCUUUUAAUUUCUAUAUCUUCCUUUUGUACAUAGUUAUAGUAUAUAAAAUAUAUAUAGCGU